AUUCAAAUUUCAUUUUAAAUAUGGAUAAACUAAUAAAAAUAAUCGAAAAAUUCAACAUAAUUAAAAACAAAUGCGUUAAAAUAAUCAAAAACGCUUCAGCAUCGAACUCAACAAAUAUGAAAAAUACAGAACAGCACGAGUCAAUCAAUCAUCAAAAAUAACCACAAAGUUGUUUGAUAAUGGUUCACGAGGGGCGGAUUGGUGCACCCUCUUCAACUACAUUUCCAUCAGGUGCACCACAUCACCCCUCGCCCUAUCAUCAUGGCACUCGACGACGUCCAUCACCACCUGGUUCACCAGCGGCAACAACAUCAGGCGGUAAUCAUCGUAAUUGUUGCUUCAAACCAACACCAAUGAUGUAUCGUGAACCAUUAUUUUGUUGUUGUUAUAAUUGUCCUGCACCAACUUCCCUUUUUGCCAGCCUUGGUAUCUGUUGUCUUGUAAUUGGCUAUACAUUAAUGGGUGCCUUUACAUUUAUGACAUUAGAGGGUGGUUUUACCGCUGGUGGUACGGAUACUUCAUCCGCUGUAGCCGCAUCCAAAUCAACCACAGCUCGUAUCGAAUCGAUAUUAGGUGCUGAUAUUCGAUCGCGAACAGUCGAUAAAUUAUGGAGUAUCACGGAAGAUUUAAAUAUUUUGUAUAAGGAGAAUUGGACACGAUUAGCGGCGCAAGAAGUGAUGGAAUUUCAAGAUUCUUUGGUACGAGCAUUACGGAUGAGCCAUUCGCAUAGUGGGUAUUUAACACGGCAAGGUGGUGGAACAAUGUUUUAUCAUCAAUCGCAUCGAUGGACAUUUAGUUCGUCCUUUCUGUAUUCCUUAACGUUAAUUACUACAAUUGGUUAUGGUAGUGUCUCACCCCAUACUCCAUUAGGAAAAUUAACAACAAUUUUAUACGCUGUAAUUGGUAUACCAUUAAUGCUUGUAUAUUUAUCAACAAUGGGUGAAGUGCUAGCACGAAGUUUUCGACAUUUAUAUGCAAAAAUGUGUGGUGUUAACAUGAACAACAACAUGAACACCGGUGGUAGUGGGGGUAAUAGUGGGGGUUGUAAUAGAAAAUCACCCGCCAGUCAUCCAUCAACCAAUCCACAGAGUAAUCACAUUUCACCGAUUGAUAGUAAAUUAUCACAUUAUUAUAAAGACAAUGGAACGGGAGUGAUAUUAAAUUGUGGUACAGACAUGCUACAAACAUCAAACACCACCGAUUCAAGAUCAACACCAUAUAAAUCACGUGCCAGUGGCGGGAGUGGGGGAACUAGUGGUGGACAAAUGCAUAGUGGUGGUGGUGGAGGUAGUGGAAACUAUCCACCAUAUUGUGGACAAGUUGUAUCAAUACCAGUAUCAUUAUGUUUAUUAAUAAUAAUUUUGUAUAUAAUUGGUGGUGCAAUAUUAUUUAAUCGUUUAGAGAAUUGGUCACUGUUAGAAGGUUCAUAUUUUUGUUUUACUAGUUUAGGUACAAUCGGUUUUGGGGAUUUAGUUCCUGGUGAACAUAGUACAAUCACUGAUGAGAUAUCACAUUGUGUAUGUUCUAUUUAUAUAUUAAUUGGGAUGGCAUUAAUUGCAAUGUGUUUUAAUUUAGUACAAGAUGAUAUUGCAUUAAUUAUACGAUCAAUGGGUCGUUUGUGUGGCGGUAGUGGGAAUAAUUAUAGGAAUAGUAAACAUAAUAGUGGUAAUUUGUUGGGACAUCAUCGACAGGAUUAUAAUACAUCGUCACAACAUUUUUCACAUCAUUAUCAUCAUCAUGCAAUGGAUGGAUGUGAAGAAAUUUCGAUGUCGGUUGUAUCUUGACAUAGACCAACCACGGAAGGUGGCGCCAACAUUGUAAUAAAAACACCUCCCGUGGUUCAAAAACGAUUACCACAAUCAACAUCAAACAAUGUUACUAUACCAUUACAACAUAAUAGUUUACCGAGAAAGAAGUCUGAUUUUUAUCGUCA